UCAUCAAUAUUUCACUGGCGUCAAUAAGAGGCAGCAGCAGGGCCAGCCGCUGCGGCAGCACUCUCGCCAGCUCCGACAGCACAUCACGGGGAGAGCCAAGCUCCUGUUCCUGCACACCACCAUGGAUGUUUUCAAAAAGGGCUUCUCCAUUGCCAAGGAGGGCGUGGUGGGUGCUGUGGAGAAGACCAAGCAGGGGGUGACAGAAGCGGCCGAGAAGACCAAGGAGGGCGUCAUGUAUGUGGGAGCCAAGACCAAGGAGGGUGUUGUACAGAGUGUGACCUCAGUGGCCGAGAAGACCAAGGAGCAGGCCAGUGCCGUGAGCGAGGCUGUGGUCACCAGCGUCAAUACAGUGGCCACCAAGACAGUGGAGGAGGCAGAGAACAUCGCAGUCUCCUCUGGAGUGUUGCAAAAGGUGAGCCCUGGCUCCCAGACAGUCCCGUCCUUUUCACUGGGCCCCAGAGCAGCCAGCUGGGGAGGAUGCAUUAUCAUCCCAUUGACUAGAGGGAAAUGGAGACUGUGCGCGGGGCUUUCAUACCUGUUAAUGGCUGAAAUCCUCAUAGCCCAUCCCUGGGAGGGGAGCAGUUUGGGGCCGAAUUGGAAAGUGAGACUCAAAACCAUACCCUCUUGA